CAAAUGUCAGUCAUACAUUGCCAGUCAAUUGCAACGAAAGUAAAAAAAUUGUCCCAAGCUAGAAGAAAAAAAAAACAACAAUACCAAAAGGCGAAACAUAACAAACUAGCAGAGAUGAAUUUUUCAUACAUGAAAAUAGCGAUUUACGUGUUAACGUUCAUAACAUACGCGUACUCCGGCUAUGGAUCCAGUACCAUUGCGCACUUACGUGAUGCCAUCAUUGCGGCUGAGGCUAUAUUUGGAGAUGUCUUCUCAAAUCUCAUCACCCUAAGCAAAAAGUUCCGCACCGUUCACGAGGUAUUUGAUGCGGCGGUAGAGGAAACUUGUGUUUUCAAGUGCCCCACAGAGCAAGGAGCGGCAGAUAUACGACCAAUUCAAAAUAAACUAUAUACUCCCACCUCCGAUGGAUGUGGUUCCUUGGGUCUACGCAUUAGCACGGAGUAUUUGCCAGCGGUAGAAAUGGAAACAUGCUGUAAUGCUCAUGAUAUUUGCUACGACACCUGCAAUAGUGACAAAGAACUCUGUGAUCUCGAUUUUAAGCGUUGCCUUUACAAACACUGCGAUACUUAUGACAAGUCUUUAGCUGGAGAUCUGAUGAUAAAAGGUUGUAAGGCUGCAGCAAAGAUGCUUUUUACAGGCACUAUUACUCUCGGUUGUAAAUCCUACCUGGAUUCACAAAAACGCACCUGUUAUUGUGCGCCACCUAAACCGCAGCGAGACGAGAAGCCUUACUACAAAAAUAGCAACGGUGAAAAGUAUUACAAGGGCAAGAAACCAAAGUAUGGCUGGAAGGAUCCUAACGAUAUGUAGUGUCAAUGUAAUUGGCAUAUGCACCAAAGACAUCGCUUUAUGAUAUAGUAUUUUCUGUGUUUCUAUUCCACUAAAUGUUUUAUUGUAAAUAUAGAGGAAUCGGAUUGACGUAUCAACACCAAUGUAAACAAGUAAUAGUUUUAAGCACUUACCAUAAACAUAGAUAAAAAACAGACUAUGCAAAUUGUAAAAAUUAAAACUUUAAAGAACACUCACGCUCAAAACCGCGUGGAUUCAUACCAUUCAUUGGUUCAUAUCAUUUAAGUGCUUUAAGUAUGGUAGAAAAGCUUCGGUCAUUAAGCUCGUCUCACAGUGGUUGGUGUGUUUCAAAAGAUAAAUAAACGAAAAAUUGUGAAUAAUAGAUCUUCGCCCCAAAAAGUAAAAAAAACUUGAAAUUAAAAAUUCGGCAGAGCCGGGCAGGACUCUGAUCUGGACACUCAGAGCAACAGGGAAAGCCGUUGCCGUUGCCUAUCGCCUGAAGCCACAAAUAAAACUUUCAAAAGAUGUACUAAUGAUAUGUGUAUACCAUGGAGGCAAUUGUAGUUACAUGGAAAAUAAAUCCAUCAUUGGAACGAAAACACAUGCGGUGGAAAAGAACAGUUAGUGUGAAAUGUGUUGGUUAGUGCUGUACUUACAUCGUUGACACGUUUUUGCUGUAUAUUCGAUAGAAGCAUGACCUACCAAUGAAUGGCCCUUGAAUCCUCCACACCUAAUAUGGUUAAAUAAGUUCCCCAACCAAGGACGAAACGCGUCUCUAAGUGGUUGAUGUGCUGUGAUCUCUGCCUUUCCUUAUCCAUUGCAAACAAAUCUUCGAUUUUUAAGUCUUGGAAGAAUAAACGAAUAAACGAAAAGUUAUGGAAUGAA